AGCCUUGCCUUUUUUUUUUCCUUUUUUUUUUCCCCCGGGGUGUUGAUUGCCUUUUCUGUUGUUUGUUUGGUUUCUUUUGCAACUCGACUUUUAUUUGUGAACAGUUGUUUGCAGUCCCCAAGCCCCCUUCCUUCGUUCCCAAUUCCUUCCCCCCUCCUUGCCACCUCCACGUCGCUGAUGCCUCUGCAAAAAUCAGAGUCAAGACGGCUCAGUUAGCAGCAUGUCUCGUCGAAAGCAAGCGAAACCCCAGCAUCUCAAAUCGGACGAAGAGCUGCAAGCAGAGGUAGUUUCUGAGCACGUCUCGGGAGAAGGAGCAGAUGAUGGUGAUAGCGGGAACGAGAGCAGGAGCGGAAGCGAAGAAACCAACGUCUGUGAGAAGUGCUGCGCUGAGUUCUUCAAGUGGACUGACUUCCUGGAGCACAAAAAGAGCUGCACUAAAAACCCCCUGGUGCUGAUUGUCAAUGAAGAUGAACCAGCUCCACCCCCUGCUGAGGAAUUCCCUGAUCCCUCGCCUGCGAGCUCUCCCAGUGACCAGGCAGAGAGUGAAGCUGCUGAAGAAGGCGUCCAGGCAGAAAACAAUGACAGCUCUGAGGUAAAAAACACAGAAAAGGAAGAAGAGCCAAUGGAGGUAGAAACUUCUGCAGAGAAAAGUUUCCAGAAUCAACGCACCUCAAACACAGCUACUCCUCUACCUCAGAUCCCUGAACCAUCUUCCAUGACAAGCUAUAACAUGCCAAACACCAACGUCACACUAGAGACUCUGCUGAGCACGAAAGUGGCAGUCGCGCAGUUCUCGCAGAGCGCACGGGCCACUACUUCCACGAGCAUCAGCAGUGGGGUGACGGCUGUGGCCAUCCCCAUGAUUCUAGAGCAGCUCAUGGCCCUGCAGCAGCAGCAGAUUCACCAGCUCCAGCUGAUCGAGCAGAUCCGCAGUCAGGUGGCGAUGAUGAACCGCCAGCCUCUGCGACCGUCCCUCAACCAGAUCGUGGCCGCCCAGGGUGGUCCUGGGCAGGCCUCCAACCAGCUGCAGGGGUUUGCCACCAGUGCUGCCGUCCAGCUCACUGCAGUCAUUCCUUCUGCCAUUGUGGGGCAGGCCACCAGUGGUCAGCCCACUGCCUUCGACAGCUCUCAGCACAUCUCGAGACCUACAUCUGGAACAAGUACACCCAAUAUAUCCAGCAGUGGCUCUUCUGCCCUGCCUGAAUCAGGUGUACCUUCCUCCUCAAAUGCAAUUACGUCCAUAACUCCCAUUUCUGUGUCAAAUGCUUCUAACAGUGCUUCACAGCCCCAGAAUGGUUCAACUCUACCUUCAAUAGGACAUGGAAGCCUCACCUCGGUAUCCAGCCUGCCAAACCCACUUCUACCUCAGACUUCAUCAAAUAGCGUGAUCUUCCCCAAUCCGCUGGUUAGCAUCGCCGCAACUGCUAAUGCGCUUGAUCCUCUGUCCGCCCUUAUGAAGCACCGCAAAGGAAAGCCACCAAAUGUGUCAGUGUUUGAACCCAAAUCAAGUUCUGAGGAUCCCUUUUUUAAACAUAAAUGCCGAUUUUGUGCCAAGGUCUUUGGAAGUGACAGUGCUUUACAGAUUCACCUCCGCUCGCAUACAGGCGAAAGACCAUUUAAGUGUAACAUAUGUGGAAACCGCUUUUCCACAAAGGGCAACCUGAAAGUUCAUUUUCAGAGGCAUAAAGAGAAAUACCCUCAUAUUCAGAUGAACCCUUAUCCUGUUCCAGAAUACCUCGAUAAUGUGCCCACCUGCUCUGGAAUCCCGUAUGGGAUGUCACUGCCCCCCGAAAAGCCGGUCACAACAUGGUUAGACAGCAAACCUGUUUUACCAACUGUCCCGACUUCCAUUGGGCUCCAGCUGCCCCCCACUAUAGCUGGUGUGAACAGUUACGGAGACUCUCCAAGUAUCACUCCUAUGAGCAGGUCACCCCAGAGGCCUUCUCCUGCCUCCAGUGAAUGCACUUCUCUAUCCCCGAGCCUCAACACUUCUGAGUCGGGCGUUCCGGCAUCUGCUGAAUCCCCGCAGCCUGUUCAGAGUGGUUCAUCUCUGACCAAGACAGAACCUAUCUCUCUGCCUCCCACGAGCACACGGCUUGGGGACCUUUCUGCAGGUGGGCAAGUUUCUGCAGCUGCCACGUCUUCAAUUCCUACAGUGGUUACAGACAGCAGUGUUGCAACAAGCCUCCCAAACCCUGUGCUUCCAGCAGUGUCUGACCAGUUUAAGGCAAAGUUUCCAUUUGGUGGUCUGCUAGACUCUAUGCAAACAUCAGAAACCUCAAAACUUCAACAGCUAGUGGAGAACAUUGAUAAGAAGAUGACAGAUCCGAAUCAAUGUGUCAUUUGUCACCGUGUGCUUAGUUGUCAGAGUGCUCUCAAGAUGCAUUACAGAACACAUACAGGAGAAAGACCAUUUAAAUGCAAAAUUUGUGGACGUGCCUUUACUACAAAAGGCAAUCUAAAAACACAUUUUGGAGUUCAUCGAGCAAAGCCACCACUUAGAGUACAGCACUCGUGUCCCAUUUGUCAGAAGAAAUUUACAAACGCGGUUGUUCUUCAGCAGCACAUUCGUAUGCAUAUGGGUGGGCAAAUUCCUAACACGCCACUACCAGAGGGCUUCCAGGAUGCCAUGGACUCAGAGCUUUCCUAUGAUGAGAAGAAUGUUGACACACUGAGCAGCUUCGAUGAAGACAUUGAUGAAAAUUCUAUGGAAGAAGACCCGGAACUAAAGGACACGGCAAGUGAUUCAUCCAAACCCCUUAUCUCUUACUCUGGGUCAUGUCCUUCUUCACCACCUUCUGUGAUCUCCAGUAUUGCUGCUUUGGAGAAUCAAAUGAAAAUGAUUGAUUCUGUCAUGAACUGUCAGCAGCUGACCAGUUUAAAAUCCAUAGAAAAUGGAUCAGGGGAAAGUGACCAUUUGAGCAAUGACUCCUCAUCAGCUGUUGGUGAUCUUGAAAGCCAGAGUGCAGGCAGCCCUGCAAUGUCAGAGUCUUCUUCCUCCAUGCAAGCUUUGUCUCCUGUGAAUAGCAAUAGUGAAAGUUUCAGAUCAAAGUCCCCCGGUCUCAGUAACCAGGAAGAGCCACAAGAAAUACAAUUAAAGACAGAAAAACCAGACAGUCCACCACCCACAACUGAAAAUGGAGGCGCAUUAGACCUGACAUCCACCAACCCGGGAAGACCGGUCAUCAAAGAGGAGGCUCCUUUUAGUCUGCUGUUCCUGAACAGAGAACGUGGUCCCAGCCAAAGUACUCCUAGCCUGGUCACCAGUACAGCACCUACCAUGAUCAAAAUGGAAGUGAAUGGUCACAGCAAGCCGAUCUCUUUGGGUGAGGUUCCCUCGCUUCCAGCUGGAAUCCAGGUUCCUGCUGCACCACAGACAGUGAUGAGUCCGGGGAUCACCCCUAUGCUGGCACCCCCCCCUCGCCGGACUCCCAAGCAGCACAACUGUCAGUCGUGCGGGAAGACCUUCUCCUCAGCAAGUGCACUGCAGAUACACGAGCGCACCCAUACCGGUGAAAAACCGUUUGGUUGCACAAUCUGUGGUAGAGCUUUUACCACAAAGGGGAAUCUUAAGGUUCACAUGGGGACUCACAUGUGGAAUAACGCCCCUGCACGCCGUGGUCGACGACUCUCCGUGGAAAACCCCAUGGCUUUGCUCGGUGGCGAUGCUCUCAAGUUCUCUGAGAUGUUCCAGAAGGAUUUGGCAGCUCGGGCCAUGAAUGUUGACCCCAGUUUUUGGAACCAAUAUGCUGCAGCUAUCACUAAUGGACUUGCUAUGAAGAACAAUGAGAUUUCUGUCAUACAGAAUGGAGGCAUUCCUCAGCUCCCAGUAAGUCUAGGCGGAGGCGCCAUCCCGCCUCUAAGUAACCUUACCGGUGGCAUGGACAAAGCUCGCACAGGCAGCAGCCCUCCCAUUGUCAGUCUGGACAAAGCAAGUUCUGAGACGGGAGCCAGUCGUCCAUUCACCAGAUUUAUUGAGGAUAAUAAAGAGAUUGGCAUAAAUUAAAAGCAUUCAUUCCGAAUAACUGUUGGACCUCUACUCAACACAACACUUGUCCUGUUCCAUUUAUAGCUUUUGAAGCUAAGCAUUAGUUUCCUGACCUAAACGCAUAGGUUCCCUUUAAAAUUUUACCCAUAACAGAAAUACAUAACUUUGUGGCUGCUGAAAAGUUGUCUUGCAAGGUCUGCAUGGUACUUCUUUCAACAGUGAGUUUGACUGUUACUGAGAACUUUGAAACCUUUUAAUUUAACAGAAAACAAUCAAACAAACAAACCAGUCAUGGGAUAACUUCAUUAGAAACAGGCUAGUCUACAUCCACUUUGCUUCUUACAAAACUUACUAUCACCUGAGAAGGGGGGGCUUCAUUACAGCAUUUUCACACUUAUUUGCUGGUUUUGUUCAAAUUAGUUAGAAACUUGGACUAUGUUUUUAGGAAUCUUAAUCUUAAAUAAGUGAUUUAGUACCCCAAUGCUGUGUAUUAUUACAGUAUCUUUGUCUGUAGUAUUUAUAAUGUUAAGAUUAUGCGGGUAACAGACAAUAUACUAGCCCCAAACUUAAAUGAAGCUUUUGUACUGCAAAAUACAUCUGGCUAUGUGAUUUUUCUUCUUUUUCCUUUUUUUUUUUUUUUUAAGCAAGUUUUGUUUUACUAUGAAUAAGUGGUUUCUUUCAAUGCAGGCAAAAUUGUGAAGUUUUAUUGGGAAAGAUAGCAUGCUUUUCAUGUGCAAGUACCUGUCAGUAACAAACCUUUUUUUAUUUAAAUAUUUGUAGCUGCUAUGUGAACAGUUGUUCUAUUAAAUGAAAAAAAAUGUAGCGUGGAUUUUAGCUCAAUGAUUGGAAAACAAGUUACAGACAAACCUUAGCACCAUAAAUUAUUCACAACAUUAUAAACAGUUGUGAGUAAAUACUCCGUGUUAUCAAAGCUGUACAAUAAAAAGGUAAUGUUUGUAUAAUGUGGUUGCAAACUCUUAAUUUAUACUAUUGCACUUUUAUUAUUUUCUAUUAGGGAGGUUUGUCUAUAAUUUGAAACUGAACAGAGAUAUCAGCUAUUUUAUAAAUAGUACUUUGACUUAAGGAAUAAGGAGGAGGACCCUGUUGCAGUUUCUUGUUUUGUUUUCAGCUCAAACAGUGAGAGAGCUCUAUCAACUAAGCAGAAAAUUGCAGAGAACUGUCAGAUCCUUAGGAAAUACAGGGACUGCUGUUUCUUAAACGGAAAUGAUUCAUUUAACUUUUCUAUGACGCCCACUUAAAAGCGUGACCACCCCUGACAGAAUUCUGAUACAUUUGUCUUAGGAGUGUAAUAUUAAUACAAGUCUAGGAUAGAGGAAGGAAAACAUUAUGUAGGUUUAAUUUUCCUGUAAUCUGUUCUGUCUCUUUCACGCAUAACCAUGAGAAAGAUGCUGACUGCCUAAUAAUAGCGGGAACAAAAGAACUUUUGGGCAGCAUGAGCAGUAGUAACACACAAAUGCUCUAUAUUUAUUUCCAACUGUCUGAUUAUCUUUUCAGAUUGCUCCAAAGCACAAUGUACUCUGAUUAAUCAAAUAUAAUUUUAUGUUGAUUGCAUUUUGGAAUUACACUGAGUAAACGAAGGGAAUGGUUCCAUUCAUAAGUUAAGCGGGGAAUGCUGAGGAGACUGGGGCUUAAUCAAAACUUGAACAGUAAAUGUUUUGUGUACUACCUCAUUUUUGUGCAUUACAAGCAUGGUGGAGUUGACACUCUGAACUUCUGUCCAGCAGAAUUGCUUGAGGGACAUUAUGGGUAGCUGGGUAACAGCACAAGGAGUUUUAUGCCCCUGAAGAACGAAUCAGACAGUGAGGUCUUCUCAGUUGAGACUGAAAAAUAGGACAAUCUUUCUUAUAAAACAGAAACCAUUACUGUAAGAGGAUGGAGUAUUUCUGCCAUCAUGUAAUGGAGUGAGAAGAGGUUCAAAGACUUAUUAGCUGUUUGUUUCUAUUGGAAAUGAACAAUGAACUCUACAGCUCCAUUUUCUGCAAUGAUGAGAUAGAGAUAUAUAGAUAUAAAUAUAUAUCUAUAUCUGAGCAAAAUCAUAUGUCUGUAACACCUCUACAAUAUAAUAUAAUUUUUUGCCACGGUGUGUGGGUGGUUAGGGGUAUUUCCAAGCAUUAAAGAAAAAAGAAAACUGAGGUGGCUUAAUGUUGCUGUAUGUCAGCAAUUGAAUGUUUUUAUUUAUCUGUGUAAUUUUUGGUGUGACUUUUUUUUUUUGUUAGUAUUUGGUACCAUGUAGUGUUAUCUCUAUUCCCUAAAGGAUGUGUAUAACUUUAAAAAAAAAAAAGAAAAAAUAAAAAGAAUGAAAAAUAGAAAAGAAAAAAUGAAAAAGGCAAAAGAGAAAAAAUAUGUAAAGUGUUGUAAAUAAGAUGGUUGACGAUGGUACAGUAAGACUGACCCCAUUUUGUAUUCAGGGUUAGGCCAUUCCUCUCUGCAUGGUGAAGAGAGACACUAUUUUUAUACUGUGAUACCAUGUAGGGCUAGGAGCCUCCCUGAAACAGCUGGGAAUUGUUACCUAGAUCCAAUAUUUUUUAUUAUUAAAUUCUUGUUGGCUUGACACAUCUACUGAUUGAAAUGGAUGUCUUAGUCUAGGUUACUAUUUUUGUCAUAUGGAAUUGAAUAAAAUGCAGGAUGUAAUAUUAUUUCUGAAUUGCGUUCCUUGAUUAAUAACAGAACAAGAUAUGAGACUAAGGUCACUUGUGGUAGAUUGGUGUCAAUGACUUCUAAUCAUUGCAUCUGAAAAUCAGAGUAAGCUCGACACUGUAUAUUCAAGUGUUUUUCUAAUUUAUAUUAACCCUACAAAGAGAUAGAAUUAUAAAAAUCUCUUUUCCAAUGAAAAUAAUUUUUAGAAGAAUUUAUCCCAAGGUAGUAGAACAAAAAAAAAGACACCAAAAAUAUUUUGGAGGGGGGGAAACAGACUUUGGAAUGAUUACUGUUUCAAAUUGACUGCUUUCUGAACUGAAUUUAUCCUGUACUAUCUAAUGAAAAAGCCUCCUUUUCAGGUUGUUUAAACAUCUGCCUAAUAUUCACGAUACACUGCAUGAACAAAUUUGUCAGGAGCAGUUCAAAUUCUAAAAUACAAAAAGGAAAAAAUUGACAACUCGCAUCCGUUCAUUCCAAAUGACAUAAACUAUACAUUUAAACCCAUGGUUUUGUUUUGUCUUUUUUUCCAAUAUCAAAGCAUGUCUAACUUUAACCAAAUUAUUUUUUCACAUUGAUUUAAAUAAAAGUAUUUACAUUCUUAAGGUUAGGCAUGUGGUUACGUAUCUCCUGCAAAAAAGCUGUAUGUUUGAGUAAACUCCAAGCUGUUAUAUUCCAAUGGUGAAUGCCUGCUGCAUUUAAAACAGACAAAAGAUAAAUAAAAGAGAAAAAUCUGUACUAAUCAUUUUUCAGUGGCCUUGUUAUGCAGAUACUGUGUUUUAUAAGACGAACCCAAAGAAGGUAUGAGUUUCCUCAGGUGACUCAACAACAAUGAUAGAUUUGUGCUUUUCUUCCUCCAUGCACGUCCCUGAGUCUUGCUGAGAGAAAACAUGAUAUGCAAAAGAGAAGAAAAUCAAAGGAAAGCUGAUAGCUAUGGUUCUGUUCAAAACACAAGAGGAAAAUUACCUGCUUUCCCUUCCUACCCCCCAAAGAAAGGAUGAAAGCAGAAUGGUAUCUAUUUUAAAAUAUGUAUGGGUUAUUUUUUUUAUCAUAUGAAGACAUUAAAUAAUAAAAUAUGCUACACAGAUUAAAAUGGUCAAAGUUUGUUGAAUUACAGAUGUUUAAAAAGAUAGCCAUGUAGGAACUCAAUAUAUGAUCAGAAAAAUUGCCUGUUAUGAUUUUUUAAGGGGAGUGUUUCAGCACGGCUUUUGAACUUUUCACUUCCAUUUUCCCCAUGAGUUAUUAGAAAGACAUCAUUUAUUAAAUUAUUGAACUAACAUAAUUAAAUGAUUGAAAUAAUUUUUACCCACUUUAUUUUUUUUUCAUUUUAUAUAUAUUAGCCCUCAAUAUAUUAUCUGUUCCUUUACUUAUUUUUUUCCCUGUCUCUUUUGGCAAAAGCUUUGUUUUCCUAAAGCUGCAUUUGUGCUGUAUUUGUGUUGCCUUUAAUUUACUUCUCUGCAUGCACUCCGCCAUUUGGAAGAUACUGUGGUUUAUUUUUUUCCUUUUUCUCUAAUUCUGCAGAGGUCAAAAGAGCUGCCUGUUUUUUACGUCUAUGUGUAACACUAGCAUAAUGAGUGAUGAAGUCUUCAGUGAUGUGAUCAGGUAUGUGCAUAGCUCACAGGAUUUGUUGACAAACAUGCCAUUCACACUCCCUCCUUCAGAUGAAGGCAUGAAGCUCGUUAGUGCUGCUGGUAGAGGGCAGCCACAGAUGGGCAGGAGGAUGGAAAUCCUUAUCCUAAAUUCACUCUGCCUGUUGUUACACCACUGAAGCUCUUUGGCCUUUAGUGGAGAUACUCCAGGUUUGUUCUGGUGCAAGAGGGACUGCUUCCAGGUUCGGAUGUCUUGCUUUUCCUUAUGCAUUUUCAAAACAAUGGCUAGCUAUACAGUAUUUUAAAGAAAGCCUAAGCAAAAGCAUUCCAGACUUUAUUUUCAAAAGAGGGAAAAGAGAAUACAUAUAUUUUAGUACAUUCCACAGGAUUAUCCCUGUUUUAAAGGAGGUCCUGAAAGAUGAAUAUAAAAAAAUAUAUGGCUGUGCCCCUUAAUAUAUAAUUUGGUGCCAUCAUAUGACUAUUCAGAGUAUUCACAUAAAUGAGUAAAAUAACCUGUGAUUUUAUGCAUAUGAGUGAAAGAAUGGGAGACUCUUGCUACAGGUCUGCUAUACAAGGUAUGCACUGACAGGGAAAUGCCUUCCCUUGCAGAUAUGAAAGGUAUCAGCAGACUUAUGAAAAGAAAAAUACAUGUUUGUGCAUGUCACAGGACCAAUGUAUAGUACCUUAUUUUUUCAAAGGGAGAAUGUCUCAAUCAAUUGACUAAGUGACAAAUUUGAAAGCCAGCAGCUUUGGGCUUUGCCACUGACAUUUUUAAGGAUGUGGGCAAGUUCUUAAUUAGACUAAUAUUUUGCUUAAGAACAACAUACUUCUGGGGCCUCUGGGAAUCAGGAACUCAGGCCUCUGGAAUCCCCUUGCAGCAUCAGCUAGCACCUUGUAGUAUUGGGAUAAGUUGCCCCAUCAGUAAGACGGGAUAACACUUUUGUACCUACCUCACAGGGGUGUUGUGAGGAAUAGUCUUAUGUUUGUAUAGUGUUUCAAAGAUGGAAAAUGCUUGGUAUUAUCACUGAGUUUAGAGACUUUACAGUACAUGUACUAUUAUUUAUUAUUUGUACUCCAGUAGUACCUAUGAGCUCCAGUCAAGACUGAGAGGCCUUAUUCUAAAUGUUGUACACUCACCUAGUUGGGACUGAUAGAAAAUUUUACUCAGUAACAUUUAUCAGUGGAGAUGUUUCAUUAUCAAAUGCCUAUUUGAUUCCUAUAGGGUUUAAUUAAAUUAUUUAGAUAUUUAAAUUGAUUAUCAGUUUUAGGCUAUGGCAGAGAAUUAUCUAGUAUCACAUUCUGUUUCAAGCUUAUAUUGAUUUUCAGAAAAAGUGCACCAAUUUUCUAUGGAUACUCUACAAACAAAUCUUGCCAUUAGUGGAAUUCUACUGUACUUUUUCCUAUUAAAGAUAAAUAUUAAAUUACAUGUGUGUGUAUACAUUAUUAUACACCAAUAUAUUAUAUAUACCUAUAAACAUGUAUGUUUUAAUUUUCUUUAGCUCCUUAGAUUAGUUUCAAAUUGUAUGUGGCAUAUAUUGCUCAAAAAUUGCCCAUUUCAGGUGCAACUUAAACAUCGUUAAAUGGUGUUUGCUCUCGGUAAAGAUAUAAAAACUGGAAAACAUGACAACAAAAGACGUAUUGUUGCUAUCAUAUUUAUGAAGGCUUAUAAGGAAAGUGUCUAACUCUCAAAUGUAUUAAAUAACCUUCAGUAAGUCAUAGAAGUCUACUUAGAUUAUGUUGAAAUAAACUACUACAUCAGAAUAAGAUCACUGUAUAUAAGUAUGUUAAAAUGAAUAAAUAAUUCCAAAGGUAAUGUUUGCUAUCAUUUGGAUGUUGAACAGAAAUUAAUUUGUUUCCCAGACUGGCAAACUAUAGUUAGUAUGUUUUUACAGGUAUCUGAUUUACAAUACUGUGUUAAGCAGCCUCUUUAGCAUCUGGUCAUGUGAUAAAUAUAUUGGCUCAAUUAAUUCUA